AAAAAAUGGACAUGUAUGUAUAUGUGACUAAUCGGUCAAAACCAAUCUCAAUCUCUCUUAACUUGAUGGGCUACAUUUCAAACAUCAAGUCCUUCUGGAGAUGCAGGCUGAGAAGAGGAUCAAAUUGUAAUGAAUGAAGUAAAAAAAAUGGAAUAGAAAUUAUAGAAGGAUCUACAGUGACAGAGCAUGUCCAUCAAGACCUUUACCAAAAAAAACAAUCAAGCUAUCAUCUGUCUUGGUCGGUAUGUAGCAUGUUUCUCUUGAUAAUGAUAUGCAGGUCAAGAGGAUGAGGACUAACAUUGGAGGGUUGGGGAUGUCCAUGUACAGACCGUAACAGCUGAGAGCUUCCUAUGCCUCAAAAGGGUGACAGCAGUCCAGGAACCAUGUCCGGAGACGCCGUUCGCUGUGUGUAUGCGCUUCCCAAGGACCUCGACCCACUCGACCGACUCCCAUCCAACCAAGGGCGCUCAUCGGCCGUCCACAAUCUGGUCAGCGCUUUCGGUCUCCUCCGCGAGGAACGAACAGAUGGACAAGACGACGAGCCUCCCAAGAACCGAGCAAGGGUGCUGUCGACUAAGCUUGCCUCCCGCGCCGAGCUCGAAGAGUUUCAUGAUCCUGAAUACGUCGGCUCGUUGUUGCGAGGCUACGAUGAUCCAAAGAUUGAUGCAAAUAACGAGCAGGAUCACAGAAGCUCAGAUCUCAAGCGGAAUCCUGAAAUAUCCGAUGCGCAUUUCCGAAGUGAACACGAUGAAGAACUUGAAGAGUUUGGUCUAGAGCAUGACUGCCCGCGUUUUUCCAAGAUGGCACAAUACGUCUUGGCCGUGGCAGGUGCGGCGCUUGAAACUUCUCGCGAGCUACGCGAGGAUCGGGCGGAUAUCGGGAUAGUGUGGGAUGGAGGCAGACAUCAUGCGCAAAGGUCAGCUGCCGCCGGCUUUUGCUAUGUCAACGAUGCCGCCCUGGCGAUAUCUGAGCUCCGUCGACAGCCCACAAACAGAGCACUUAAGAAGCUUGAUCGAGUCUUAUAUUUGGAUAUGCUGGACAUCCAUCAUGGGGAUGGCGUCGAGUUAGCUUUUUGGAGUACCUCUCGGGUUCUGACGAUUUCCGUCCAUCAUCAUGACCCCGAGGGAGGCUUCUACCCUCUCAGCGGGGCCGUCGAAUCCUCCGGCCCGGCGCCCCCCUCACCCGCGGCCUCACAUGCCCUCAACAUACCGAUCCGGACACCGGGUGCAUUGAGCUACGUGUGUCGCCGGACGAUUCUCCCCUUGAUCUCUGCCUACAAGCCCUCGGCAUUGGUCAUCCAAUGUGGAGUCGACGGCCUCGCAGGCGAUCCGAUCGGCGGUCGCCUCUGGGGAUUCGGAUUGAAAGAGAUGGGUGAUUGCUUGGAAGCUGUCCUCCAGGACUCCAUCGCCCAUCGUCGUAAAGUCCUACUCGUAGGCGGAGGUGGGUAUCACACCCCCAAUGUUGCUCGAGCUUGGGCACACUUCACCUCAAUAGCCUUGGGCAGGAAGUUCGACCUGGAGGAGACCGAGAUCCCGUUGGAGGUGGAAGGCGAUGUGGACUAUGGACCUACAUAUACCCUAGACGUGUCUGGAUUAGAACGGGCUUCGAGCGAGCAGACCGGAGCAAUGGGCUGCAAGGUGAUCAGGGAAAUUUGGAGGACGAUCCCCAGUUGCAAAAGGUCGUCCUCGAACUGGAUCGACAUGUAUCCGUCCUUCAAAAUAAAUACGCUUCUUGCUAGCUUGUGCAUACACACCUCGGACACACGUCGCCGCACUCUCAAUGAUUUAUCCAGGCCCCUCUCACGACUCUUGUUGCUCUUGUCAUAUCUGAAGUUUCUUUGAAAAUGAAGCCGACUUGUGACAAUGCAUGACCAUUCCGGCCAUCUUUUGCAUCAAUGUCUUCCGGUCUGAACAGUGGUAACCCGUAAAAUAACGCACAUUGUUCAACUUUUGAACAUAAA